ACAAAGGAGAGAGAUCACCUGUCCCAACGCCCCGAGCUGUCUCUCCUCCCUCUUUCUCCUCGCCGAGAUCUCUUCGAGCCCUCUGUUUGAGCUCCAAUGAAUCGAGGAAGAGGGAAGAAGAGAACGAGAAUUUAGCUAGAAUUCGAAUGCAAGCGCAAAGAAGAGGGGAAGAAAUCGUUUUUCCUUCUGCAAAUCUUUCCUUUUCCUUUCUCGAUCACAUCAAUCUUUGGGUUCGUCGUUUCUGAGAGGAUCGGGGGAGAAGCACAUUCUUGCUAUCUUCGAGAGAGAGAGAGAGAGAGAGAGAUCUCAGGCCAUAAGAAUGAGUACCGGAGAUUUUCUCCAUAUCCAGCCGGCAGAGCUAAAACUUCCUUUUGAAUUGAAGAAGCAGAGCUCAUGCUUGAUGCAACUGGCCAACAAAACUGAUCAGUAUAUUGCCUUCAAGGUUAAAACAACCAACCCAAAGAAAUAUUGUGUUCGCCCCAAUGCGGCAAUUGUUCUACCUGGAUCAACAUGUGUUGUCACUGUAACAAUGCAAGCUCAGAAUGAGGCUCCACCUGCCAUGCUAUGCAAAGACAAAUUCCUCAUCCAGAGUGUCAUUGUGGAACAUGGUGCCAUGGCCAAGGAUAUAAUCCCUGAAAUGUUUAAUAAAGCACCUGGUAAGGUUGUUGAGGAGUUCAAGCUGCGGGUUGUUUACAUUCCUGCCAAUCCUCCCUCACCUGUCCCUGAAGAAUCAGAAGAAGGUUCUUCCCAAAAUCCUUCGACAUUUGAAAAUGGGGCUCAAAACUUACCGUUGUUUGAUUCUGUAUCAGAAUCUCAUGAAGAACCGUCCAAGGAGAAGUCUUCAGAGGCACUGGCCCUGAUUUCCAAGUUAACUGCGGAGAAAAUAUCUGCUGUUCAACAAAAUCAGAAGCUCCUACAAGAGCUGGAAUUUCUAAGAAAAGAAAGCAGCAAGCAUCAUGGUGGUUUCUCGGUCACGUUUGUGGUGCUGGUGGGUCUCCUUGGUGUCCUUGUUGGUUAUAUCAUAAAGAAGAAAUAGUAGAGACUUAUGCUCACAAGAGUACAAUACAACAGAAGUCCUGAAGUAUUUUCCAUGGUAUGCAGCUGUUCCCUUCAAAUUCGUGUGUUUUAUUCAAAUUUGUGGACUUGUUACUUUGUAAAAGAAUAGUUUUACAGAUAUGUUGAUUCAUUGCGUUUAGAUGAAAUUGCUGUAAUCAUUAAAAGUAAAGACUCAACACAGAAAUUGGGAAUAUGUAUGUUUUGGUUUUCUCCCAA